AAUUUAAUUCUUCAGCUGAAAUGACCCAAAUACAAGACAGUCAGAAAUCAUGGCUUCCAAACAGAGUUGUCUUUAAACCUAGUGUAGUACCAGAUGUCAUGUUUUCAAAUGAAAAUACAUGUUUGUUGUAACAUGUUUUUUUUUCAAAACUGCACAUUGGAGACCUAUAAAUUAAAUGUGCAUUUGUGAAGACGUUUGAUGGAACUUGAUUGUUAGCUACAAUUACUUUAACAUCAGUAUACGUUAAGGAAUCCUCAGGAGUAAAAAGUAAAAGAAUAUGGCAGAGGUGUCGAUGGAAAGAAACGGACGUCUCUCCGCGGCAAAAUGUCUUUUGUAUAACUGGGUAGAAGAGAGAGCUACAGGGCCACUGGAUAAUGAUGGAUCCCAGAUAGAUAGAAGUGAAGCCAUAAGGCAUAAACAUGGGCAUAGAGGAAUUCUCUCUGUGGAUCUGCUGUGUGAAGUUACAGAUAGAACAACUACACGAGAAUCAUAUACUGCUCCAAAGGGUCUCGGAGUACGACAAAGAGGAAUGAAAGAAGAACUUUUAGAAAAAUACCUGUACCAGAAGAUAAGUGAAGAGGUGUUAAAUGAGUUUAACUCUCCUCCUCCAUUGGAACAGCUGAUGUCAGUAACGAGACGUGACUAUAACAUUGAGGGUUUUAAGUCAGUCCCUCCACCCCCCACCAAGGCGCAUGACUACAAAACAGAACAGCCAGUAACCUAUUGGUCUGAGAAUGCUCAUAAAAUACAAGGUGUAACAGCUGUCCGAACCAGGGACACACCAUUUAAAAAGAACAGCUCCUUCAGCAAACCUAUCAGUGAAUGCCUUGAUGAUCCUAUGCCUUACACAGAGGAGAACUAUCCUAAUCUGUAGGAGUUACUGAGUUUUAACACAUUUCUAAACUUAGAUCGUAUUACAGGAAUCUUUCCCUGUUUUGAAUUUUUGUAGCUGCAUCAAGUCUUAGAAUUUUACAGUCUCUUUUUGAAGUUGGAUUCUUUUUUUAGAAAAGUACUGGAAAUGCUUCCAUGGCAACCAAGCUGUCUGCUAUCUCAUUUGUAAGCAGUUGCCAGUGGCAGAACCUUGUUACAAAUGGGUACCAAAUGUAUAUGUAUCACAAGUAAAAUAAAUAUUUGGACUUGUU